AUGGCGAGCUCAAUCUUCUUCUCAGUGGCUCCAUACCACAUCGUCACAUACGGGACGUUGUUGGGCACGUCGGUCUUCCAUUCCUUUGUUAAUGGUCCCGUCAUGUGGAAAACCGUUGAGCGCCCCAUCUUCUCUUCCUUGCAGCAAGCGAUCUUCCCCAUCUACUUUGGCAUUCAAACAGCUGCCCCUGUUCUCAUGGCCCUGACAUUCCCCGGCAAUGCCCUCUUCGGGCUAUCAUCAGGUGUGCAGGGCUUGUUGAACCAGUCGCAACUUUAUCAGUCUUUGCUUCCCAUUGGCGUCAUGUUCGUCACUGGUGCCACUAACCUACUUCUGCUACUCCCCUUGGUUAAUGGUGUGAUGAAGGAGCGCAGGGGUCAAGCCAAACGUGACGGCAAAGAGUGGGAUGCCGCGGGUCCUCAUUCGGAUGAGAUGCAGGUUCUCAACAGGCGAUUCGGGAUGCUCCAUGGGGCCAGCAGCGAGAACGAUAGCACUGCCUCUGAAUUUGAAUCUGCGCAUACCUUGGGGGAUUCAAGUUCGCUGCUCUUCUAUCUUGGCCCGAACACUGAGCUUGUCAACGAUCGUACGGCCACCAUAAUGGCGGUGACCUACUUGAGCAAUGACCGCGCCGCGGUGGACUCUUUUCUCGACAAGUUCGACGUUUUCCUCAUUGACUGCGAUGGCAAACGCACAGUCUUUGUGACGAACAAUUCCACAAAGUCCCGAGAGGAGUACCUGAAGAAACUGUCCAAGCUCAACAUUCCUGCCGAUGCGGAUGACAUCUUUGGCUCGGCGUAUUCCUCCGCCGUGUACAUCUCGCGUAUCCUCAAACUGCCGCAGGGGAAGAACAAGGUCUUCAUUCUUGGCGAAAAGGGCAUCGAGAGUGAGCUCGAUGCUGAGAACGUACCGCACAUUGGCGGCACGGAUCCCGACUUCCAGCGGGACAUUACGGACGCCGACUUCAAAGGCCUGGCGGACGGUUCGCUGCUGGAUCCCGAAGUCGGAGUUGUGCUCGCCGGCCUGGAUUACCACUUCAACUACCUCAAGAUGGCCCAUGGCCUGCACUACCUGAAGCGGGGAGCCAAAUUCCUAGCCACAAACACGGACUCGACUCUCCCCAUGCACCACGAUUUCUUCCUCGGCGCAGGGUCCGCCAUGGCCCCUCUCGUCAAUGCCUCGGGUCAGAAGCCUCUUGAGCUGGGCAAGCCCAGCCAGGCCAUGAUGGACGCCGUUGAGGGCAAAUUCCAGCUUAAUCGCCAAAGGACGUGUAUGAUCGGAGACCGUCUCAACACCGACAUCAAAUUUGGUGUAGAUGGCAAGUUGGGAGGUACACUGCACGUCUUGACGGGCGUCGACAACAAGGCGGCUUGGGAGAAAGAAGACGCGAUAGCGGUACCUUCAUUUUAUGCGGAUACGCUGAGCGACUUGCGGAUUGCUGAAUAG